GAGAGAACCAACUCUACCGUGGUCCUUCCAUGUGUGUGAUGAAUCCUUUCCAGUGCAUUAGAGGAACAAAGGUGUUUAAGAUAGAAGUGCUAAUGAAUGGAAGAAAACAUUUUGUUGAAAAGAGGUACAGUGAAUUCCAUGCCUUACACAAAAAGCUUAAGAAAUGUAUGAAAACUCCAGAAAUCCCUUCUAAACAUGUUAGAAACUGGGUCCCAAAAGUCUUGGAACAACGUCGACAAGGUUUGGAAACCUAUUUACAGGCCGUCAUUUUAGAAAAUGAAGAACUUCCCAAACUGUUUCUUGAUUUCCUAAACGUGCGACACUUACCCUCGCUACCAAAGGCAGAGAGUUGUGGAUCUUUUGAAGAGACCGAAUCAGAAGAGUCAAGCAAACUGUCCCACCAGCCGGUGCUGCUGUUCCUCAGGGAUCCAUACGUCUUGCCUGCAGCCCGUGAUUUCCCAAAUGUAGUUAUUGAAGGAGUUCUCCAUGGAAUAUUCUACCCUCACCUACAGCCCAGGUAGACACCCUCCGAUGUCUAAAAGAAGCUGAAGCAAGUUUCCAAGUCAAGAAAUGGAUAGCUACCGAAUUAACCUAAACUCUAUGACAUAACAGAUCUAGGUAGUGAUCAAAUAAACCCACAGCCCCAGCUUACUCCCACCAGGCAGAGACGUCUCCAUUAGAAGGGUGCUUUUCAAGAUAGAAACGGAAACCAGGCAAUGGUCAGGUUAAGGUCAAAUGUUUAAGAAGUAGAAUGCAGUGGCCAGCUGAGGACCCUGUGACAAAGAGCCAGCAGAGCGCCCCCCGGAGCACUACAUGCCACAAAGCCCAGGUGCUCCCUGCUCCAGUAGCAGCACGACCUGCUGCUUGAAGGUUGCAUCCAGACUCCUACAAAAGCGGGGUGGCCUGUUUGGGUUCACAUCACAGGGAGCACUAAUAUCUCUCUCCAGGAGGCGUCUCGGCUGAACUGCGGGCACUGGGCCCCCCAGAGGAAGGAGCUCACCUGAGAAUGCAGUGAUACUGAUGACGGUCCUCUGGCAGUGGCCCAUCAUGGUAUUUUUAUUUAUGUUCCAGUGGAGUUGCAUCCUCCCCAGGCGCCAGUCCCGAAGAUAAAAGGGCCUCCCAGUGAGACUGCCCUGGAAAGACCCUUUUAAGGAAGGCUCAUUUCAGAAACCUAGAUGUCCACCACGACCAAUGUUUUUUUCUCCAGAAUUGCAAGAAAUGCCUCUUCAGAUGAAGGGCGGAUAAAGCUUUGAAGCACUUGCUCAGAGUCCGUUUUGUGUGAGAAGCACAUACUUUUCUAAACACUAGACUCACCUUCAGCCAACAAAGUGGCAGCCGUCUGCGAGACAGGCACAAGGGAAGGAAUCCCAGAUGGACAGCGCCCACCUUGGUCUGCCUGAGGCCAGCAUUCGUGCAGUGGGUGCUUCGUCGUCAUCGUCGUCAUCGCCUUCAAUGUUACCUUCCUCAGCCUCUCCUCUCCACUUACCUCACGUGGAUUCCCUCGACAUUGAAGUGUUGAUGCUAUAACGCUACUGUCCUUCAAACCUACAUUCUUAUGUAUCUUACGUGUUUCUUAAAAAGGGUAAAGGCAUGUAUGCUACCUGUACAUGUUCUGUAUCUGGGCAUUUCACUGAAAACAAGUCAUUGCUAGCCUAUUUAUGGUCAUUGGUUUUAUGAAGCUUCUAUGUGGGUGAAAUAUGUUUAGAAUCAAAACUAAUAACUAAAUCAUGCCUUUUGAUUAGGAUCUUAAGUAUAGGUUUCAGGCCUGUCACAGACUUUUAAAGAUAAGGUUUUCUGAUAGAUUAUAAUACUACUUCUUGGAAACCGAAUUAAAUAAUCAAGUGUCUUCAACCAAAAAUAACUUUCAAGUAUUUGGAAAUAUUUUUUAAAUGUUUUUAUGUUAUUAGCUAUUUUGAGUUAAAGAAAGACAAUAAAGUGUACUUGGAUAAGU